AUGGACGAGACUACGACUGGUCCAUCUACAGAUAAUUGCGAUACUUCAGCCACGAAUUCUUUAAACAAUGAAAUUGAAAUAACACAAAUGUACCCAAUGAAGGGUAAAACAUAUAGCUUAGCUCUCCUAUUUAGUCACGAAACAUUUUAUAGAAAAUACGAGAACGAGCGAGUUGGAGUCGAAGCUGAUUGCAAUAAAUUAAAAUCUGUACUUCAAACGUUCAACUUUGAGGUAAAGAUUUAUGAAAAUCAAACAAAGCACAAAAUAUUAGGUAUAAUAAGUAAAGUCGCACAAACGGUUCAAUCCGAUAUAGAUUGUCUUCUAAUUGUUGUAAUGACCCAUGGUCAUUCAGGCAUACUUUGUGCAUACGACGAACCAUAUGAUAUCAUCGAUCUGUGGAGUCCAUUUUCAGAAAAUAAUUGUCCUUCUCUCAAAGGAAAACCUAAACUAUUCUUUAUACAAGCAUGCCGUGGCGAUGAUGUUGAUGCUGGUACCGAGUUACAGUAUGAGGAAAAUACGCAAUUUAAACAACAAUUAUCAUCAGAGAACAGUUUACCGGAUGUAAGUGUUUACAACUUAAGUCCAAUGGAACUUCAAAAGCUUAAUACACCGGAUGAACGAGAUUUCUUGAUCGGAUAUGCAACUUGUCUAGAUUAUAUUGCGUAUACAACUGAAAAUGGAUCAUGGUUCAUUCAAGAAAUUUGUUCGAUGUUUGAAAGAUAUGGAAAAAAUUACGAUCUUUUAACUUUACUAACUUUAGUCUCUCAACGUGUCGCACUAAAUUAUGAACUUAAAAUUUUAGAUGAAUCAAAGUUAAAUAUUAAUAAGCAAGUACCGUGUAUUAUAAGUACAUUAACUAAGCUAUUAUAUUUUUUUCCUAAACAAGCUGAAGAAGUACCAAAGAAUUUUGAAUUAGGACCAAUAUAA